AUGCGAAACCCAUUCAGAGUAAAGAAACAACGCCAAACCUGGGCGGGCAGGCCGAGAGCCCUCACACUCGACGACCCCGUUUUCCAGGGCUGGGACGAGGAGGAACUAGAGUUCAAGCCGAAGUACCAAAAGUCGGAUGAAGAUCUCCAGAAAACAUCAGCAAAGACCGACGGCGGCGACGGCGCCCCGAUCUCAAACGAACCCUCGGCCUCCCACUACAACCACGACAACACGCUGGGUUACGCGCCCAUUGCUGGGGCUUUUUCUGGCGGGGAGGCUGCAGGAUCAAGCAGCGCAAGCGCUCCUGACCACGGUUCGGCGGAUACUGCGUGUGCGACCCAAAAUACCGGCGACGGUGGGGAUGGUUCCACGUGUCAUUGA